AUGAACGCCUCGGUCCUCCACCCUCCGAACGACUGGUGCCGGAGCGACGACGUGAUCGGGAACGUGGUGCAGCGCACGAGGGCGGCCCCCGAUCUCUCCAGGUUCAGCAUCGCCCCUUUGGGGCCGCGCCCAGCCGAGUCCAAGGGGUUCUACACUCCCGCGUGGAAGAAGCAUCGCCUAGCGGAAGGCGUUCAGUCACAGAGGCCUGUGAAUGACCCAUUCAAAGGUACUACCCGUCACAGCAACUACCAGCUCCCGGUCGAGCCGGUCACGCGUCGCAAGUCUCCGUUCCGCGAACCGGUGGCUACCAACACGGCGGCAACAACUGUCCAAAACUCAAACAAGCAAAGCGUAAGCGUAAACGUCGCGAGUCUUAUCGCGUUGGGGCAGGAAAGUCUUCGCGAAGCACGUCGUCAGAACCAGCGUCGAUACCGCCAGAAGCAGCAUGACCACAUGGUUGCCCUCGAGCAGGAGACCAGUAAACUGCAGCUACAGAUCAAGCAGCUCGGACAGCAGCGACGUAUUGUUACCCCUGUCGUCCCAGGAGGAGACGCCUGCGUCUGGAGCGUAGCUGUCGAGUACUUCCGACUGUUCCAGCUCGGUCUCCGAGAGCAGCCCGCGUCGUCCGGUCCCGUCCACGCAAGAGAUCUCUCUUCCGCUCAACUGUCGUUCUUACGCUCAAGACUGGCUCAAGAUGCCAUUCUUAAUGAGGGACGAGGCGUCGAUGUGGCGAUCUACAGUUGGAGACGCGCUUCAUUCUGGUUCCAAGACUUUCGCCUCGAGCUUGAAGACCUGCACAAAAGAGGCGCGGACUCUCUGGUCGCCAUCACGAAAACCAGCUUCACCGUCACUGAACGCACGCUGCGCAACGUGUUCCCAGGUAUCUGGAACGACCGCGAGAGUGAGACUGGCUCCGCGCUGGUAAGCAAACUAUUGGGGUGCCGGAUUGUUAUGCGCGGAUCCACCCACUUCGAGUGGGACCCAAAUCGCAGCCUCUUGUCUAGUGUGAUAGCGCAGUCAGACCUGCUGACACCGAUGCUGCGUUUGCUGGGUAGUCUGGAGGAUGCGGAACGAGUGUUUGCCCAGGCCAUCAUCUCUCCGGUCUUCCAUUGGGCUGCACCGUCGUCAACAGUAGCUUGGUUUUAA